AGAACUGUGUGAGACAAACAGGAAAUAUAGUCAUUCUUCAUUUUAAAAGGACGCCCAAACAUACAUGAGCAGACUGUACAAGUUGCGUCCAGGCAAAGCUUACAAACAACAGCCACAGAUGGGAGCAAAGGAAAUAUUGGGAAUACUGCAACUUGCUGCUGAGAAGAAAACUGUCUUGAAGAGGGAGUGGAUGCUUUACUGACUGGUCUGAACUGUCUGAACUCUCUACCUGCUAUAUUUGUAGCUUGUAGAGAGAUGAUGGCUUCUCGGUCGGUGGAGAAUCUACACUGUCCUGUCUGCAAUGAAAUCUUUCAAGAUCCUGUCCUCUUGUCAUGUGGCCACAGUUUUUGUAGAGCCUGUUGGCAUCAGUGUUGGACACGAGGAGCGUUUAACUGCCCAGUCUGUAAGGCAAGAUCUUCAUUAUACAAUCCACCUCAAAACUUGGCACUGAGGAAUCCGUGUAAGAACAUUUUAAGGGAGAAAACUAGGAGAUCUUCAGCAGGCUCUGCAGCUCUCUGCAGUCUGCACUCUGAGGAACUCAAACUCUUCUGUCUGGACCAUCAGCAGCCAGUGUGUGUCGUCUGUCUACAUUCAGAAACACACAAGAACCACAGCUUCAGACCCAUUGAUGAAGCUGCUUGGGAUUACAGAGCAAUACUUCGGGAACUCCUGAAACCCCUACAGGAGAAACUGAAGCUCUUCAUUGACAUUAAAGGAAACUCUGAUCAAAAAGAAAAAUAUAUUGAAGUUCAGGCACAAGACACAGAGAAACAGAUUAAGGAUGUUUUCUCGAUGCUUCAGACAUUUCUCCAAAAUGAAGAGCAGAGAAGAAUUGCUGCACUGAGGAUGGAAAAGCAGCAGAAGACUCAGAUGAUAAAGAACAAGAGUGAGGCUCUAAGAAGAGAGAUACAAACUCUUUCAGACACAGUCAGAGCUACAGAGAAGGUGCUGAGAGCCGAAGACGUCUCAUUCCUGCAGAGGUACAAGACUGCAGCUGAAACAGUCCAAUAUUUCCCAUUGAAUGAUCUGCAGCCGACACCAGGAGUUCAGAUAGACAUGGACAAACACCUGAACAACCUGCACUUCAACAUCUUGGACAGAAUGAAGAUGGAGGUAACCAACACUCUGGGCCCCCAGACUGCUGAUCCAGAACCCAUAGUCACCGCUUUGGGGCACAGUCUGGCGAGCAAUCUUCGGCUAGAUGGGAGUGGAGGAAUCAGCUACCCCACCCCCUCAACAGAAAUAAUACAAUACACACACAACCACAUCGAAAUGCAGACCAUGAGCAAUCCGUCGAUACAGCCAGCCCAACCACUCUCUGUAUCUCCGAUACAACCAGCCCAACCAUUCUCUGUAUCUCCGAUACAGGCAGUGCAACCACUCUCUGUAUCUCCGAUACAACCAGCCCAACCAUUCUCUGUAUCUCCGAUACAGCCAGCCCAACCAUUCUCUGUAUCGCAGAUACAGGCAGUGCAACCAUUAUCUGUAUCGCCAUUUAGACAGACAACUAUUCAUACUCAGUUAACCUGCAUGUCUUUGGACUGUGGAAGGAAGCCAGAGACCCAGAGAGAACCAAUGCAGGCUCAGGGAGCACACAGAAAAGGGCCACGAAUCAGAGUUCAAACCCGGAAUCCUCUCUCUGUGACGUGACAGUGCUAACCACUGCACCACCAUGUCACCCAUUAUGCCAGAAAUCAUGAUGAUUAAUCAUGAUCUUGAUCAAUAUUGAGUUCACAAUUACUUAACGUGAUUUUUCACUUUUUUCACAUAAAGAGCAUCCCCCAGUGGCUGUGUUGCAAUGGAAGAAGUAAAGGGGCUUUUUACCUUUCACUGUUUUUUGUUCUUUUAUUGUUUGGUCAUAGACCACUUUGUGAUUAAUGUCAGAUGAUUACUGCAUCACAAUAAUCAGUUGGAAGCCAAAAUCAGUAACUCUAUGAGAACAGCAACAGCCACCGACCUGACAGACUUUUCUGGGGAAAACUUUAUAUACAGGAUGGACAGAACAAACACCUAAUUAAAUACUGAUUCCUAUUUUUUCUAAUUUGGUGCUUUUCAGUUCUACUAUAGUCUCUUUUACUUAAUGACCAAAGUACUACUUAGUUAUUCUUAUGAUAAGGUAUCACUUUAUAAAAAAGUGGAUUUUUUUAGAUUCAAAUAUUUUUGGUGAUGAAGGAACUACAUCUUCCUGCGCUGUUGUGAAUUAAGUGUACACUGUUUUAGAAAUGCCUAUAAUUAUGCUUUCUGUGGUUAUUUAUAUAGGAUUGACUCUACCUGAUGAUAUAAUGGCAAAUUCAAUAAAAAGUGAUUUGUAAAAUUA